AUGACAAAACCAAUUAUAACAAAAAAACCCGGACGUACUCUUUCAAGACAAGAAGUAGAAUCUGCUUUAAAAGACUUCACAUUAAAAGUAGCUAAUGAAACUUACGAAAAAUCCACUUCUUCUUCAACGGAUUCGAUUUCAUUAUCUUGGAAAGAUGUAUCAUAUACAAUAACAGAUCCAAAAUCCAAAAAAAAAAAACAUAUCGUAAAAAAUGUUAGUGGCAUUGUUGAACCCGGUGAAGUUUUAGCAAUCAUGGGACCUUCUGGAGCCGGUAAAUCCUCGUUCUUGGACUUAUUGGCCGGACGCAAAGAUCCAAAAUCCGUUACCGGUGAAAUUUAUCUUAAUGGCAAACCAGGUGAAAUUAAAUACGUAUCAACUUAUGUAAUGCAAGAUGACGCUUUAAUGGGUGUUCUUACGGUGCGGGAGAAUAUUCAAUUCGCUGCUGAUUUAUGUUUCCCAGCCGAAUUCUCAGAUGAAGAUAGAAAAGCACGUGUCCAAACCAUAAUAGAAGAAUUUGGAUUAGAUAGAGUAGCUGAUAAUAAAAUUGGAACAGUAUUUGUUAGAGGUAUAAGUGGAGGAGAAAAACGUAGAUGUGCGAUAGCAUCUCAAGUUCUCACUUUACCUAAAAUAAUAUUUCUUGAUGAACCAACGACCGGAUUAGAUUCGGCUGCGGCGUAUAACGUAAUGAAUGCCAUUGUUGAUAUGGCAAGGAGACAUAAACUUGCGGUUAUAGCAAGUAUACAUCAACCAUCCACAGAAACUUAUGCUUUAUUUGAUAAAUUAUUAUUGCUUGGACGUGGUAAAACUUUGUAUUUUGGUAAAAGAGAGAAUGCUAUAUCUCACUUUGAAGAAUUAGGAUUCGCUUGUCCACCUUACGCGAAUCCAGGAGAUUAUUUCUUGAGAUUGGUAAAUAGUGAUUUUAUGAAAGAUAUAAGUGAAGCUGAACAACUCAUUACAAGCUUCAACGUGUCUUUCUUAAAAUCAUCUUAUAAAUUAGAAAUUGACGCACAAAUUGACGAUUUAAUCUCCAAGUCAGAUAAUGAAAAUUUUGAUAAUGAAUCAAUUACAGAGGAUACUCCAAGAGGAUAUCCUCGUAAUUUCUUUGCACAGACCAUGAUUAUUAUGAAACGGUCUCUCAAAAAUUCCACAAGAAAUAUAUUAAUGUAUUGGAUAAGAGUAGCGAUGUAUGUUAGUUUAGCAAUAUUGAUGGGUUCAACAUGGUGGCAAGUUGGAUAUGGACAACAACAUAUAGGUGAUAGGUUAUCGUCCCAUUUCUUUUCCGUUGCGUUCUUAUGUUUUAUGAGUGUAGCUGGUAUACCAGGAUUUUUGGAGGAACGGUUGGUAUUUCAACGUGAACGUUCAAAUAGGUUUUAUUCUGUUGGUCCAUAUGUAUUAGCUAAUACAUUAAUUUCAAUACCAUUUUUAAUGAUUGUUACAUUAUCAUUCUCUGUAUUUGCUUAUCCUAUGAUUGGUUUGCACGGUGGUAUGGAAAAAAUUACCAAUUUCUUGGUAUUUCUCUUUUUAUCUUUAUUGGUCGCUGAAUCUAUGGUUGUUUUUAUCUCCGCUGUUAUACCAAUUUUCGUAGCUGCUUUAGCUAUCGUUGCUUUUGCUAAUGGGUUUUUCAUGGUAGUUGAGGGUUAUUUCGUAACAAAAAAAAAUAUUCCAAAAGCAUGGAAAUGGGCUCAUUAUGUUGAUUAUCAGAAAUAUGCCUUCGAAGGUAUCGUUAAGAAUGACCUUUCUGGAUUAACGUUUUUAUGUGAAAAAACUGAUCAAGGUUGUUUUUGUUUACAUGGAGGAGAAACUGCAAUUAAAAAUUGUAAUUUUUCUGGACAAAAUAUUUUGGAUGAUUUGGGUUAUGGGGAAGUUGUCAUAUAUAAAUGGGUGUUCGCACUUGUUGGAUUAGUACUCGCUUUCCGUGUCGGUUUUUAUUUAGCCUUACUUCUCCGAAAAAACCGUCAUUAA